AUGCCUUCGUCAUCUCCCGUGUACUUCAGCAAGUUUCUUGUCACGAACCAGGUUUUCUACAAAUCAAAACAUUCAUAUGCACUGGUGAACCUCAAACCAUUGCUCCCUGGUCAUGUUCUAAUUGUGCCAUUGCGCAACACUUGCAUUAGACUUAGCGAUCUUACUCCCGAAGAGAACAUUGACUACUUUAAGACUGUCCAGCUGAUUUACCGUUUCAUCCAGCACACGUACAAUGCAGAUGCCAUGAAUAUCGCAAUCCAGGAUGGCCCAGAAGCGGGCCAGACGGUACCUCACCUUCAUACACAUCUUAUUCCACGCUACCGCGUCAACAACAUCGGUGACGCCAUUUACGACCGUCUCGAAUCCUGGCGGUUCACCGACAGACUAGAGAACUGGGAGCGCCGUAGGGCGGCUUACGAGGCAAAUGGAGAAGAAUCUCGGUCUCAACUCGCCACUCCAGAUGCCGAUCGGAAACCUCAGGAUAUAUCCGAAAUGUCAAAGGAAGCCGAGGAUUUGAAGGCUAAGCUCGCUACAUUUAUCGCAUCUAAUUCCACAGACGCCUCAUAG